CGAGUCUUGAGGGAGGGAGCCGAAGAUACGGUGGCCUGGCUGGUCCUUACAGCGCCUGCGUAUUGUGGUGUUUGUGUAUUCUGGCUGCGCGGCGGCAGCUCCGGGGGAGGGGGGGAAGAUGGCGGCGUCCUCGCUGGAGCAGAAACUGUCCCGCUUGGAGGCCAAGCUGAAACAGGAGAACAGGGAGGCCCGGAGGCGCAUCGACCUCAACUUGGAGAUCAGUCCUGCCCGGGCUCGGCCUAUUAUUGUGAUCACUCUAAGCCCUGCUCCCGCUCCAUCCCAACGUGCAGCAUUGCAGCUUCCCUUAGCCAAUGAUGGUAGCAGCCAUUCUGCCUCUUUGGAGAACUUACCCCAGCAUCCCACACAUCCAUCACGUCCCCGAAACAUGCUGGGUUUGCCUCCUCAGCCACCCUUCCUCAUGCACAGGAGCAUGGAAAGUAUAGAGAUUGAUCAGAAAUUACAGGAAAUUAUGAAACAAACAGGAUAUUUAACCAUCGGUGGACAGAGAUACCAAGCAGAAAUAAAUGACUUAGAAAAUCUAGGUGAGAUUGGAAGUGGGACAUGUGGGCAGGUGUGGAAAAUGCGUUUCAAGAAGACGGGGCACAUCAUAGCUGUGAAGCAAAUGCGUCGUUCUGGUAACAAAGAGGAGAACAAGAGGAUUCUGAUGGACCUUGAUGUGGUGCUGAAGAGUCAUGACUGUCCUUACAUUGUUCAGUGCUUUGGGACUUUCAUUACCAAUACUGAUGUUUUUAUAGCUAUGGAGCUAAUGGGCACUUGUGCAGAGAAGUUGAAAAAACGCAUCCAGGGGCCUAUCCCUGAGAGGAUCUUGGGAAAGAUGACUGUGGCAAUUGUCAAAGCACUCUACUAUCUGAAAGAGAAGCAUGGCGUCAUCCAUAGAGAUGUGAAGCCUUCAAAUAUCUUGUUGGAUGAGAGGGGGCAAAUCAAAUUGUGUGACUUCGGGAUCAGUGGGAGGCUGGUGGACUCAAAAGCCAAAACCCGGAGUGCUGGUUGCGCAGCAUAUAUGGCGCCUGAGAGAAUAGACCCUCCUGAUCCCUCAAAACCAGAUUAUGAUAUCCGUGCAGAUGUUUGGAGCCUGGGCAUCUCUCUAGUUGAGCUGGCUACAGGUCAGUUUCCCUAUAAGAACUGUAAAACAGAUUUUGAAGUCCUCACUAAGGUGUUGCAGGAAGAUCCUCCCCUUCUUCCAAGCAACAUGGGAUUUUCUGUGGAUUUUCAGUCAUUUGUGAAAGACUGCCUUACUAAAGAUCACAGGAAGAGACCAAAGUACAACAAGCUACUUGAACACAACUUCAUCAAGCGCUAUGAGACACUGGAAGUGGAUGUGGCAUCCUGGUUCAAAGAUGUCAUGGCCAAGACAGAGUCACCCCGCACAAGUAGCAUCCUCAGCCAGCAUCACUUGCCAUUCUUCACCAGGUAGCCAUGUAGCAUGGCUAUUGUGCCGGGGAGGGCCCCUUGGCAGCCAGAGGUCACAAGAUGGGGCAAGAGAGAGCACUGCAGCAGACACCUACCUUCACAAGAGCAACUCUUCAGUGGCACGAAUUGUUUGCUUCACCUGCUCAAAUCACCCUUGCCCAUUUUGUCUUCUCCUUCAGUGUUGCCAUAAAGAGAUGGUGUGCUUGUCUGGUCUUUCUCAACUGUGGGUGUGUUCUAGAGCCUUUUGGGCACCAGGCAGCCCAAGAAUACAAGGCUUUGGGUGAGAAGGCCUUUUCCAGAUUGUGCUUGUAUCUUUCUGUGAUAGAGCGCCUGCCAUCAGGAGUUGCCACUAAGUGACAGCUGCUCCCUGCUUCUCUCUCCACCUUGACUGGAGGCUCAAGGACAUGCAACAGUGACCAUUGCUCACGCACUGUGAACAGAUACAAAAGGAAAAAGAAAAGAUAUUUUUUUUACCACUUAUUUAUUAAGUUUGGACUUGUGGUGCUGCGGGCUGUCUGCUGCACCCGUUCACCAAUCUCUGCGUUACUACAUGUCUUUUUUUGGGGGGGGGUGUUUUUGGGAUUGUAUUUGCUGA